AAAGUGGUUACAAAUAUUUCACAAUGGAAUCGUAUAAAGAUUAUUACAUGGAUCCAGGAUUUUUACCUCAAAAAGUCACCAUGGCUCGACUACGCGAAAUACUAGGUGAACAUAAAGUACAUUAUACGGGUAGUGAAAAAAAAGCCGAACUUGUAGAAUUAUUUAAUAAACAUGUUAAACCGCUCAUACCGUCGUUACGUGAAAAAGAACAAGAAUUGGAGAACUUUC